CCCCCGCUGCGCUGCAAACCCCCGCUACGCGGACGGCUUCGGCCCGCGGGACGGCUGCGGCCCGCGCGACUGGGAGCCAUGGCAUACCUCGCAAACUCCCUUUUUGUGAGAAAUUUGAGUCCGCAGGUCAAUGAGACGAUGAUCCGGGAGAUCUUCGCGAGCUGCGAUGAGAUCGAGAAAGUGAUCUUCAAGCCAUACCCAAACAAUGAAACCCAGUUCUUCGCGCAGAUCAACUUCAAGACCUCUGCUGGGGUCUCUGAGGGCUCCAAGCUCAGUGGCACCAAGAUUUUAGGUGUUCAAUGCAUGUGUGGAGUCAUUGACCCCAUUCGACAGGCGGAACAGACCCGUCAGGCCACGGUCGCUCAGGCGACGGCGGCCCUGCCUACAGAAGAAGACCAGGCAAACGAAGAGUUUGAGAUGCAGGCGGAACACGUCCGAAAGGCCAAAGAGGCAGCAGAGGAGCUUCGGCUUCGGACGUGCCAUAUCGCCGGAUUAGCAGAGGACAUCAAGGAGGAGUCCAUCAGGAAGCUCUGUGAAGGCUUCGGCGAAGUUGAAACGCUGAGGAUCGACACCGCGACCGAUGGCCAGACCUUCGGAUUGGUCGAGUUCAAGGAGACCAAAGUCGCACAUGUGGUCAAGAUGCAAAGAUCUUUCUUGGUGGAGGACCGCGUGUUGGUCUUCACUGAGGCGAAGUCCCAUGUGGACAAUGCCAAAGUGGAAGAGAUGACGGUGCAGUUUCAGGCGCCCAUCAUCGAUGCGAUGAACAUGCGAUCCGUCCUGGCGCAGCAGGUGCCGUUGGCGGAGAAGUUGGCGAAGGUGAAAGCCGCUGCCACAGAGAUCUUGCCAGCGACGUCUCGCGAGGCCAAAGAGCCCGCGGUGAAGGAAAAAGAGAAAAAGGAAAAGAAAUUGAAAGACAAAAAGGAUAAGAAAGAAAAGAAAGAAAAGAAGAAAGAUAAAAAUAAAGAAGGAAAAGAAAAGAAAGACAAGAAGAAAGACAAAGAAAAAGAGAAGAAAAAGGAGAAGAAAGGGGAGGAGAUGGAGAAAGUUUCCGCUCCGCAGGCUCCGCAGCCGAAGCGACCAAAGGAUGAAGCUGAGGCUGAAUUGAUGGAAGAGGAGGAAGAGGAAGAAAUGGUGGACAUCGAUGAAGAGGUCGAGGUUCUGCCCGAGGGUGAAGUAGUAGGCCUGGUGGGCACCUCUUCGUCCUCGUCCAGCUCGAGCGACUAUGGCGCCGAUGCGCUCGUGGAACUACCCAUGGACGUCUCGAAGCCUGAUGAGGUCUCUGACGGUGACGAUGUGCUGUGUGACGCUCCGACGCCGCUGCGACCUAAAGGCAAAGGAAAGGGUAAGGUGCCCCGCCGUCCGCCCGGCGCGCCGCCGGGCGGACGGGGCGGACUGGGCAUGCGACCCGCACGGGCGCCGUUCACGCCGGCGGUUUGCCCCAACCGGCGCGCGCUCCGAGCCGCUGCGCGCGUCACAGGCGCCAUCGACUUGGACGACGCAACGGGCGCCAUCGAUUUAGGUUGACGCAGAGGUACGGAAACCAUAGAGGAACGGAGCACAUGGCACGCAUAGAUCUGGAUCACGGGGUCAGAGGUCGCAGCUGGUUUUUUGGUGUUUCUUGUUUUUCUUCACUGGGUGGUGUUUUUG